GUCACGUGUUUACGGAAGACGAAAUCAAGUUCUGAUUGUGUUUUUUUUUUUGUUUGUUUGUUUGUUUUUUUGUCGCACGUUUCGGAUCCUCGUUUCUGAUGUCUUUCAGAAGACUUUCAGAGAAUUAAGAAAAACUUGCUAGCAAGCGGCAUUUGAGUUUGCGGAAGCUAUAAGGGUCAAACUGUGUUAAUGACGAAUAUAAAUGUGAAUAUAAAAGUUUAAUCUUUACAAAGUCCAGAAAUUUCUGUUGGAAAACAACAGGAUGUGAGAAGAAUUCACAACAAUCUGAGUGUAUUUACACGGAGGGGUUAUUUACUCCAACUCACGUGUGUUUCUGGUCAUAACAGUGUUUCUACUUCGCUCUUAAAACACCAUGAAAACAUUUCCUUUCUUUUUGCUGCUGGUUUUUUCUCCACAAGCUCAGUGUUUGUACCUGAACAGAACAUCAGAACAAAAACCCAAUAUAGUGAUGGUCAUGUCAGACGCUUUUGAUGGAAGAUUGACCUUUAACCCUGGGAACAAAGUUGUCCAGCUUCCAUAUAUUAACUACAUGAGGCAGAUGGGUGCAAUCUUUCUUAACUCCUACUCAAAUUCUCCCAUUUGUUGUCCAUCAAGGGCAGCUAUGUGGAGUGGGAUGUUUGUCCAUUUAACUCAGGCCUGGAACAAUUAUAAAUGCCUUUCUCCCAAUUUCACUACAUGGAUGGAUCAUCUGCAGAAAGCUGGGUAUCAAACCCACCGUAUGGGGAAGCUAGACUACACAUCAGGGAGUCACUCUGUCAGCAAUCGUGUGGAGGCGUGGACCAGAGAAGUGGCGUUUCUUCUGAGACAGGAGGGUCGUCCAGUGGCAGACUUAGUAGGUAACAGAUCCACAGUUAGAAUCAUGACCAAAGACUGGAACACCACAGACAGUGCUGUGCAGUGGAUCAGACAGAAAGCCAAAGCUCUUUCACAGCCCUUUGCUCUGUAUCUGGGGCUGAAUCUACCUCAUCCAUACUGCACAAAGGAGCUGGGUUCCACUGCUGGAGGCUCUACUUUCCGCACCUCACCCUACUGGCUCAAAAAGGUUGCCACAGGGCAAGUUUCCCUCCCAAAGUGGUUGCCAUUUUCUCAAAUGCACCCUGUUGAUUAUUAUUCGACCGUCACCAAAAACUGCAGUGGCAACUUUUCUGCACAGGAGAUCAGAGACAUCCGAGCCAGUUAUUAUGCCAUGUGUGCCGAAACUGACAGCAUGCUUGGUAAAGUGAUUGCUGUUCUCAGAGACACAGGAUUAUUAAACAGCACAGUUCUGCUUUUCACAUCAGAUCAUGGGGAUCUGGCUAUGGAGCACAGGCAGUUCUAUAAGAUGUCCAUGUUUGAAGGCAGCUCUCAUGUUCCCUUACUUAUAAUGGGGCCAGGUAUUAAGUCUGGGACUGAGAUCAGUUUUCCAGUCUCUCUUGUAGACCUGUAUCCUUCCAUACUUGACUUUGCAGGUAUCCCAAUACCAUAUGGUUUGAGUGGUUACUCUGUGGUCCCGCUGAUCUCACAGGGUAAUAAGCAGUCCACUGUAUCUCACCCUGGCUGGAUACUCAGUGAAUACCAUGGCUGCAAUGCUAAUGCCUCCACUUACAUGCUGAGGAUAGAUAAGUGGAAGUAUAUCACAUAUUCAGAUGGCUUGAGUGUCCCAUCACAACUAUUUGAUCUGUCUGUGGAUGAAGCUGAGCUAAAGAACGUGGCAUCCCGUUACCCUGUUGUGUGCCAGCAUCUGGACAAGCUGCUGCGCUCAGUGGUGGAUUACCCCAACGUCACUGAGGCCGUCCAACAAUACAACAGACAGCAGUUUCUCCAGUGGAAGCAGAGUCUUGGGAACAAUUACACACAGGUCAUUGGCAACCUACGCUGGCACAUGGACUGGCAAAAGAAUUCACGAAAAAAUGAGGAAGCGAUUGAGGACUGGCUUGACAACUAACACUGUUCAGAGUCAUUCUCCCAAAUUCAAAUACAUGAAGAAAGACAACUUGCAUGCAUGCUUUCAUUUGUAAUUGUGGCCUAAUUUGUUCAAAAAAUGGGUCCAACUGAAUUUCACUAAUGCUCAGUCUGCUGGUGUUACUUAAUAGAAUUAGAUAUUUUAUAUUAGAAAUAAAUCAUUUUUUAAACUUUUUUGUAAAUGAAAUAAAUCAUUUAAGAUGCAAUGCAAUCUGCAAUACAAGCAACACGUGUGUAUUUUAAAUUGCAUUCAUUUAUUAAAUAUUAAGUACACAUUAGUUUGUUGUUAAUGAACUUCAUUUUAUUUUGUUAUUAAUUUUGUAGUUUUAUAUAAUUACAUGGGGAAAAAACAGAAACAUGUGUAUAUAUAAUACAAAGUAUAUAUCAUAACCACCUGAUAGCACCGUAAACAGGCACAAAAUGAAACGUCUAAUCCAGAGGUGAGAUGCAAACAUGCUAACCAAUAAACCACCUUGACUCCCA